AUGAUGCCGGCCCAGAGGGUCCUGAAGCCAGCGCUCACUGCCGUCGAGAAGGCGGCGCCGAAGAGGACAGUCUGCGUUACGGGCGGCACAGGAUAUGUCGCGUCCGCGGUGAUUGAGAGGCUCCUAGCUGCGGGCCACACUGUGCACGCGACGUGCCGAGACCGCUCGAAGGCCUCCCUGAUCGACCCCGUCAACAAGAUGGCCGAGGAGUGGGGCGCGUCCGACCGGCUCAAGUGGUACGAGGCCGACCUGCUGCGCGACGGUUCGUUCGACGAAGCGAUGGAGGGUUGCGACGCUUGUGCGCACGUGGCCGCGGUGUUCAAGACGAAGUGGAAGGACCCCGCCACGGAGCUGAUCGACCCUGCGGUGAAGGGCACGGCCAACGUGUUCGACAGCGUCGAGAAGGCCGGCAGCGUGAAGACCGUGGUGAUUACGUCGUCGGUGGCGGCGGUGUGCUGCUCGCCGCACGAGCACGCGGACGGCAACGCGCACCGGUACAACGAGGAGGACUGGACGAGCACGACGCGCGCGACCGUCACGCGGCAGAGCUACAACCACGCCAAGCGUGAGCAAGAGAAGAAGGCCUGGGAGCUGGCGGAGGGCAAGUCUUUCCGCCUGGUGUCCAUCAACCCAGGACUGGUGAUGGGCCCUGCGCCGGCGGAGCGCACCGACAGCGCGUCGAUGGACAUCGUCAUGCAGAUCGCCGGCGGCAAGCUCAACCCGGCGCCGCGCCUGAAGUUCGCCUUCAGCGACGUGCGCAACGUCGCCACCGCGCACUGCAUCGCGCUGUUCGACGACAAGUGCCGGGGAAGGUACCUGUCGUGCGAGCCCGAGACGACGGACGUCGUCGAGAUGGGCGCGUCGCUCACCGCGGAGUUCCCGAAGGCCAAGAUUCCGAAGGGCUACCUGCCGCUGUGGGCGGCGUAUCUGGUGGGGCCUUUUGUUGGGUUCGGUUGGGGGUUGAUCAACGACCUGUGGACGGACAGGUUCCUGCUGGACACGUCCAAGGUGGAGCGGGACAUGAAGUGGUCGUCGUGGGCGGUGCACGUCGGCGAGACGGUGCCGGACAUGGUGCGGCAUCUCACGGAGAAGAAGGCCAUGCCUGACUACAGGUGA